AUGCGAUUCUUCAUUGUGCUAGCCAUUGCUGUCGCAACAGCAUUUGCCAUUCCUGGAUCAGAGUCGGAUGCACUCGAAUGCGAGAUGUGCGAGAUGGCCGUAAAAACUGUGGUGCCUAUGCUCGAUCAAGAUACUAAAGACAUCGAGAAUGCAGUAAACAAGGAAUGCAAGCAGCUUCUCCAUAAGAUACCAUUUGCCACCCAAAAAUGCCAGAAGUUUGUUGACACUGAUCUGAAUAAGAUCAUCAAGGAGCUCGAGUCCGGAACAGCCCCAAAGGAUGUGUGCAAGAAUGUCAAAAUGUGUUAAACAAUCAAUGGUUCUUGCUCACUUGUAGUUCUUAGUAAGUAUCUAAGAAUAAAUAUAUGUG